AUUACAUGCAAAGUAAAACAACAUUCAAUACACAACGUAAUUUUUUGGUGGGAAAUUUGUGUUUACAUUUGUUAUUUUAUUGAAGUAAUACUUGAGGAUUUAAUUAAUGGAUUUUAUGGAUGUACGCUUUUAAUAGCUUAUUGACGGAUUGUGAUACAUGAUAAUAUGUAAACAAACGCAGCUCUGUUUAUCACAUAUUAAAUAGGUCAAGGGUUUUGUUGGUGCUCUGACCGAGGAAUACACAUCUUUGUUUGGAUUAUCUGACCAGCCUGACCAAUGUGAAGACAAGAGAUAACCAGAUAAUGCAUACGCUGUAUAUUUUGCUUUUUGCUUUGGGAAUAUAUACUAGUGUUGGCUUAAUACAAGUUGGUCAAACUUCAUCUGCCUUACCUUGUCAGAUAGAACUUCCAUUUACCAACCCACACAUAUCAGUGUUUUACAAACAGCCGAUCAUUGGGAUAGGAUGUGUGACAAACGUGACCACCAAGACCAACCAGGAAGUUCAUGUGAUUAAUUUGAAGAAAAGCGUGGCAGUGUAUAGAAAUGAAGUGGCAGAGGUCCACCUUUUUGUUAAGUCAAGAAAUGAUGAAGUUCUUUGGGAACCAUUGAUAAUUGUGUUGAACUCCAUUAACCCAGUAAAAUGGAGAGUAAGAACAGAAAUAUUAGCUCCAGCCAGAAAGAAACACAUAUUUGUGAUUCCAGGAUACUCUAGUGUUAAACUUGUGAAAGGUAAUAGUCGCAGGAUUGUCAGGAGAGUUGGCCAAUUACCAGAGAAAAGAGAGAAGCUUCUGGAAUGGGUAAAACUGAGAUAUGGGGCUGUUACAUCAUUUGCAGAAUUAGAUAAAGGGAAUCAAAUCACACUCCAUGUUGGUCCAGAUAACACUGCAACAAGUGUUUGUGAAGUAAAAGAUUCUCAAGCAAAGACAGUUGAAGCCAUUUAUGAAAAGCCAAAACCUUUUGCAGGAUGUAUGGUUCCGCCAAGGUCAAAUAUUAUGGAAAGGCUUGCUUAUGUGAUAGAACUGGAAAAGGAAGAUCAAAGUACAGAACAUAUAGAAAUUGAAGAUGUGGAACUUGAAAUCAAAAGUGGUCGAAGAAGAAAAACAAAUAGAAAUUUUUAUCUUGUCCUAAAAUCUCCUUGGAGGAAUGUCACUUGGAGAGUAAAAACCAAAAGAUUAGAAGGAUAUGCAGAAAUAGUUUCUAACAGCAAAAUAGAUAUAUCAGGAAUUAAGAUGGAUCCUGUUAGUGAGAGGAUUGAAGAUUUUACAGAAACAGGACAAAAAUUCCUUAAGUGGGUGGAAAAAUAUGUUGGUCAAGUAGCUAUGUAUACUGCUAUUCAUUCAGCUAAUAAAAUAAAAAUGGUCAUACCAGACACUGAUGAUGAAGAAAAGACAAAAUCUCAAAUUUUGAACGAUCCGUUUGAUGACAUACCAUUUACAAAGAAAAUUUUAAAUCGGAAUGCAAGAACUGAAUGUAUUGGACAAGGAGUGAUUAAAGUUUCUUUAAGUAAAGCUGUAUACCAGACUUAUGGUUUAGAUCUAUAUCAGAUGUCAUUAAUAAGUCCUUCGUGCAUUGCUACCCAGAAUGCAUCACAUAUUAUCUGGGAGUCUGCAGUAGGAGAAUGCAAAACCAGAAAAACAGUACAGGAUGGACAGAUAACUCUGCACAAUGCUCUUUUAAUCCAUCGUUCACCUGCAGAUGCAAUUGAAGCAGGAAGCGGUUAUCACUAUGACAACAUUGAUGAAGAUGAAUUGAAUAUCUCAGGAUCUGGAUCAUUGAAUCAGGUGACAGAGACAUACAUUGAUGAUGAGGAUUAUAGACACGAUGAUCCUCCAAUAACAAGUGAUGUUAGCUGUCGUUUACAGCAUGGCAGUGAUAAAACUACUGUGUCACAUGGUGAUAAAAUAAAACCUAUGACACCACCAUCAACCAAAAUAACACACAACAUGGAUCUAUCAUUUAGUUUACAACUGUUCAAAUCACCACUUUAUUUGGACGCCAACUACCUUUAUCCAAUGAAUAUCUCCUUAGGCUCAAGAGUGUUUGUGGAUGCAGCUAUUGAAGGAGAUAAGUCAAUGCGUGUACAGAUUAUUUCAUGUUAUCUAAUCAGAGAUCAUAAACCUGUCAAGACAUUGAUACAAAAUGGAUGUAAAGGUUCAAAUACCAAUUGGGAACCAGUUGUGAGAGGGAAACCUUUGAUGGGAUCUGUAACACAGAGUCAGAGAUUCAGUUUUCCAGCAGACAUUUUGUCACAAUAUUUAAAUCAGUAUAUUUAUAUCAGCUGCCACUUAACAGUGUGUAGGAACUAUCAAACAAGAGACAAUGAAUUCAUACCACAGUGUAUUGACAAUAAAGAUCAGAUUUGUAGAGUUGGACUGCCACCAAUUAGUCCCAGAGUUCCUGCUCAGACUGAUGUAACUAAAGGACCAAUGAAGAUUGUAAAUAGUAGACAAGUACCGAUGCCACCAAAGCUAAAUGUUGGUGUUGAAGAUGAAGUAAAGGAUACAGGGAAACAAACAGGCAAACAAAGUGUUGUUGUAGAUGGACUAGAAUCAGGGACAGUCAUCUGUAUUGCAUUUGCAGCAUUUUUUAUUGGUGUAUUAUUAAUGGCAGCUUUAUGGUUCAUCCAUACACAUACAGGUCCUUCAAAACGUACAGAUACAGGGAAAAUGGGUAUCGAUGGUAGUGGGGAAAGUACCCCAAUGUCUACAGCACCUAUUGCUGUAAAUUCAUAGUGUCUGUCAUACAAAGUAUCAUCUGUACUGAAACAUACUCUGCAGAACUGCAGCUUUACACGGGUAGUCCAUGAUGUUCAUUCCCAGGGAAUAAAUUCUAUUUUUAUUAAGUAUUCAGAUUGUAUGUUUACUUUAUUUAAAAAUCUGUUUGACAUAUCUCAAUUUUAUUUUGUUGCACAACCUUUAUGUUGUAUUAUAUUAGCUUACUUUACACUUUAAAUUACGACCAUUUUAGUUUGACUCAUUUGAAGUCAUUUUACAGUUAUUUUUUAAAAAGAUUUUAAAAUGGCAUCUAGUUUAGUUCUUUUGCAGUGCAUGGCUUAAAUAUUUAUAAAUUGGUGCUACAAGCAGUAUUGCAUAUAGAGCUAAUUCAGAUUUUAUAUUUUAUUUUAAUUUUGUUGCUAAGUUUUUAGCAGUGAUAAAUGGCAUGUGAUCAUUGUCAAGCUUAUUGUACUUAUGUUUUUUAGAACCUUUAUAAGUCAAAAAUCUGUUUUAUUGUAGAAAAUUAUAGUGUUUCAGACAUGCAUACUAGUAGUAUAAAGGUUUUGUAACGUUUUGUACAGAAAUCAGAAAUAAUUUUACCUCUUGAAUAAGAUGCAUUAUGCACAUCAGAAUUAUGGACUUGUUUGUAUAUUAUUUGUGAUUGGUUGAGUGAGAUUGACAUUAAUAAAAUAAGAAUUGGACUGCUCUUCAUUAAAACUUAUUUAAGGGAAGAUGUGAUGAUUUAAGUAAGAAGUAUAAAGAACUAGAAAAAGUAAUUAAAAAUAAUAUUAAAAUCAAAACACAAUGUGCCUUCUCAUUAUUAUGUCAUUUUCAUCUUUUGGCAAUGCUCAUUUUAUUAUUGUUUAAAAAAAUUCCAGUGGUACAAAAAAAAAAUCUCCAUUUAUUGGACAUUGUUUAAAGAGACAUUUUUGUUUUGAGUAACGUACCUUAAAACUGUUAAAAAGACAGUGUGUAUAGUUCACAUUUUUAUCAAGUUAUAUUUAUCUUAUAUCCAGAACAAGCUUUGGUUUUUCUUUUAAGGUGAGAAUGACAAAAUAAAACAAUACUUAACUAAAACAAUGGUGUGCCUGCUCAAUUUUGGCAGCUCAUGGUAUCUGUGAUGUGUAGUCCUAAAGAUUCACAAAUCUAAAAGUUAAGCUUUAAAACCAGUUUUGCUUUUUUAUUAUAGGGUUUUUUUUUUGUUUUUAUUUUUCUUCAGAAAGAACUAUACUGGUUGUAUAUUAUGCUACAUGGUAUAUCCAACUGAAUAGCCUAUUUUUUGGUGCUUUAUGUUCUAUUGUUGUGCUAAUCAUAUCACUAUUGUUUAGAUAUUACCUCAUGUUAUUUAUUUUGAGUGUAUCGUUUAGAACAGGGAAUUAGUUUUGCUGUAUUUGUCGAUGGACAUCAUGGCGAAAUAUAUUGAUGUUUCAGUACAUGUGAUCUUUGUAGCUUUACAGUUGUAUAAAUUGAUAUUACUUAAUUAUGUGGACUUGAGAUGUAAUUCUGUGUUCUUAUCAUUCAAGAAAAAUAUUAAACUUACAAAUUCGUUUUAUAAUGUAUAUAGAGACACCUCUCUGAAAUGUUUGAUUUUGACAAAGAAAAAGAAACUAUUGCCAAAAUGUUGACUAGAUUACAUUGUUGUAUAUCUAACUGUAAACCAACAGUAUUGUAGAUAACAGUAUUGUAUUUUGGACAUUUAUUUCAGUGUGGAGUGCUUUAUGUGGUGGACUUCCAAAACAUCUUAAUGAAAAAAUUAAUUUAGAAAUUGGAAGAAGUUUUAUUUUCUGCCUGGAAUAAUUUUAAUAAUGCCAUUGUAUUUUUCUCUCAAUUAUUUCUAAUAAUAAGUAUGCAUUUGAAUAGAAACAGUUGGAAGUCCUUAAUCAAACUAAAAUGUAUUGAUAAUUCAUUUGCCAACAAUACAAGUAUUGUUUAAAAUAGAAAAGAAAUCCUUUCUUUCUUCCUGUUCUACUGGUACCUUUGUUUGGAUGUUUACCAUUGUUUACUCUGAGAAUUGUUAAUACAGAUCUGAUGAUUUGUAAUGUUUUUGAGGAGGAGCUGUACAUAUUAAGCUGUAUAUUGAUUGUUUUAGAUUUUUUGGUCAUCUGUUUUGCUUUAGAAUGUGAUAUUAUUGUAAAAAUAAUGUUAAUUAUUGUUGAUCAGUGUGUUAUGAAUUUCAAACCUUUCGUAGUAGUGGUGUGAUGUAUAAUUUAUUCCUCAGCCUUGGAAUAUAACAACAUCUUUAUAAAAAUAUCAAUGAAAAAUUUUCUUUGACUUUGUAAUUUGUAUUCAAUGCCAUUUGAAUUUUCAAUUCCUUCAAUUAAAAUGAUGAGAAAGCAUACAAAGGCAUAAAAUAGAAAAUAGAAAACUCAGUUUUUGUUAAUGAAGUUAUUGAUGAGUGUGCUUAUGAAUUAUGACUGUAGGGAAGCUAGGUAUACAAAUAUACAUAAAUAUAUCAGUCACACAUAUGUAUCAAUUUUGCAGUGACAUCAUAGAAUUGAAAUUGGUACAAAGAAUGAAAUGUUUUUAUUAUCUAUGAAAGUCCAAAGUACAUAACAUACUAAUCUCUUGUAAUCCCGGUAAAUAAUAUGUUGUGUUUUAUUGUUAUUAUAGGUUGAACUGACUCAGGACGAUUCAUUUACCCAUGUAUAGCUGUACAAGUUAAUACAUUUAUUAAUGUAUUAUGUAAUGUACACUUAUACAUGUUUUAAUAUUGUAUGUGUGUAUAAGUACAUUUAAAAAAGUAUUUUCAUAUGUUAGAAUACAUUUAUACAUAUAUUACAUGUUAUAUGUAUACAUUUUUGACUCGUUGUAUGCAUUCAUACAAAAAGACAUACAUAUGACAUGUAUUGAAUGAAUAAAUACAUUUUGCAUUGUGUAUUGUAUGAAUACAUUUUACAUGUAUUAUGUAUUGUAUGAAUAAAUACACGUAUACAUGUAUUAUGUAUUGUAUGAAUAAAUACAUGUAUACAUGUAUUAGAUAUUGUAUACAUGACUACAUUUAUUAAUGUAUUAUGUAUAUGGGAAUACUAUAUUAUAUGUACUAUGCCUUGGUGUAUGUGUUAAUACAAUUUCAUGUGUAAUAUGUACUGUUGAAUGUAAGAAAACAGAUCAUACAUGUAAGUUUAUCUUUUUAUUUUUCACAGGCAAUUGUCUUUUAAAUUAAUGUUCUUUUUGAAACAAUUUUGCCAACAGGAUGUAUCGCUUUAUAUUUUGCUUUGGAAUUUGUAAGGGAAAUUUAUCUAAACAAUUGGAUAUUUUUUUGAGAAUUUAAAAAAUUAACCACAAUUUACUUUUGGUUAAUAUUUUCUAUAUUUCAAAUCUAUGCAUAAUAUAAUCUUGUUAUAACAAAAUUAAUAUUCAAAGUUGGCUGUUAUCUUCUUAACUAUUUUUUAUGUAUAUUACAUAGCUAUUAAGUGCUAAAACCCUUUGAAGUGCUACAAAGUUUUAAUUUAAGUUUUUUUCUUUGUGCCAUAUCUUGCUGAUUUUUUUAAAGAAAUUGUGGAAUCCCUGGAAUAUUGUUCUGUCCAUUUUUUGUUUACUUUUUUAAUUGAAAAAAUAGAAUGUGUGAGAAUUGAUUCAUAAGGCAGCAUCAGUACACAUGAAGCCUUUUACUAGAAGCAGGUAUCUCCUAACUAAAUAGAGGUCAUAUUAAAUGCAUUAUAAUUUUUUCAUAUAUUGUAAAUUUUGAAGCACACCAAAAUGGUAUGUAAUUAUGCAUUAGAGGCUAUUAAAUUCAUUUCAGAUUACAUAUAUGUUACAUAGAAGAAAACAUAUUUGAGAUUUAAAAAAAAGACUGUGUGAAAUUUUAAUUCCAGGACAUCACAAUUUUUUUUUUUUUUUUUCGAAAUAAUAAUUAAGUUUUUAAUUUAAUUACUUAAUUUUUUGGUAAUAAAAGGUGCACAUUUGAUCUUAAUCUAGCUUCCCAAAAAGUGUGUCAGUAAUUGUAUAGAAUAUUGAUGACCUGGCAUGAUUCCUGGAGGUAUUAUUUGUAUGAUAUAUAUGAUUGUAAAGGUUGUCUUACUUGUUGUCAUGUUGUCAUUCUUAUUUGCUUGUUUCACUUUCUAUUUGUUAAGAAAAUAUAACUUUAUUUUGUGUCUCUGAACAAUGUAAUGAAUUUAAAAUGACCAAAAGAAUUAUUUUCAUAAAGUUGGCUCCUUAAAUAUAUAAUUGUUCUUCUUACAAAGUCAAAAGAUAGCACAGUGCUACCAUAAAUCUCAUUCACUUUAAAUUAUCUCUUUAAGAAAACUUUUCUCUGCAAGAUUGUAGUAAAGUUGGCUCCUUAAAUAUAUAAUUGUUCUUCUUACAAAGUCAAAAGAUAGCACAGUGCUACCAUAAAUCUCAUUCACUUUAAAUUAUCUCUUUAAGAAAACUUUUCUCUGCAAGAUUGUAGUAUGCUUACUAUUUGAACAAUUUUAUAAAUUGUUACAUUGUUUAGAAACAUGAAAUAUGGUAAGGCUCGAUAAAAAAAACAAUGACAAAUAAAUCUUUCCUUUAACCUGUAAAAGUGACCGAGCAGACUUUCUACCUCAGUUGUUACAUUAUAUAGUGUAUUGUAUAGAUGUUUAUUUUGUUGGAACUGCUUUACUACACAGGCACAUACAAGAAAUACAGUACUACAUGCAUUUUAUACAUAAGGGAUAUAUUUUCAGUGUGAUCAUUUACGUAACCAUGGAAGGAAAAAUGUUACUGUUUUUUUAAGUCACAAUUGUCAUAUUUAUUUCCUAAAAUUUUGUUUUAUUUCAUAAAUAUCUUCAGCCUGUUAAAAGGUUUUGGAACGAUAGGAAAAAGAAAAAGCAGUAUAAAAAUUAAUUUAUGCUAAAUUUCCAAACUUUCCUAAAUAUUUUGCUUAUUGCUUUGAAAUGCAAUAGCAUUGAAUAGUCUGUAAAGCAUUUCAGAACACUGCCAUAAUUUUGUGUCUCCUUUAUUGUAUAUAAGGACUGUGGCAUUAUAUCAUGUUUUAAAUUCAUAUAACAUUAAAUUGCAUGUCAUUUUUCAUGUAGAAUUUUUAAAAUUGUAAAUGGUAAGCCAUUAAAUGUAUUUUGACUUCAUACAACAUCUUGUUACAAAUAUCGUUAGUAACCUACAGUGUAUUACGAAAUCAUUCAUAAAACUUAUAAAUUUGAUUGUAUGGUAAAAUGUAUUUGCUAUUGGCUGUUUAUAAUAUUCAAGAUAUUACCCCCAAAAAUAAUGCUUGAAAAUGAAAAUAUCUAGAUGUAAUGUUUACAAAGGACACCAUGGACAAUUUCUUGUGAAUUUAUAACAUCAUCAAGAAUUUUAGAAUAUGAUGAAAGAUUUAUAAUAAUAAUAAUAUUUUUGGUAGAGAAAAAGUUUACUAAAAUGAAACACACUGAGUUUUAUGUUUCUAGACAUCUCUAUAAAAAAGUAUUAAUAUUGUGCUGUGAAAUUUUUUAAGUUUCAAAUAUAUUUCAUAGAAUAAUUCAAGACAAUUAAUUUUAAAAAUGCAUACAUAUAAUAUUCAGCCAAUUGCAGAGUACACUAUGGCUCAAAGAAACAGAUGCAUUCAUAAUCUACCUCAAAUAAUGUAACCGGUUGAAAGCCAUUAUUUAAGACAGUAUCGUUCCGUCCUAUCUAUCAACUGUUCCAGGACAAUCUCUCUAAGGAAAUAUUUUAAAUUCUUUAAAAUAAAACACAUGAAUAUGGAUUGAAAUGUUUGAUUUCAAAAUAAUUUUAAAUUGAUUUAUAAUUUUGAUACAACUGCAUAUUCAUAAUAAAUUAAAUAUCAGUCAUAUGAUUCCGAAUAAGUUUACCCUGUUUCUUCUCCACAUGUACAAUUGAUAGCAUGAUAAUAGCUACUUUUCGAAUCAAAUUUUUAGUUGAAUGAAUUUAAAACUCCCUCUGCUUACAAAGCCAAAAUGAGGUAUUGCUAUCACUUGACAUCUUUCCAUAAACUUUUUAAAUGUAUUGGCCUUUUUGAAAUCGGGUGGUAAAUUGGAACCUCAAUCAUCCUUUGAGUAUUAAAAUUUCUAAAAUAUAUUCAAUGGAAUCCACCGACAAACCAAGAGCAUGACCUCUUUUACUAUGGAAGGAAAUUUUUUGGGUUUCUUUUGAAAUUCUAUAUAUGAUUUUCCAGUUUGAAUAAGUUUUGCUAGAAUGAUUUCCUAUGAUUUUCUUUCAAAUUUACAUCAAAAAGCCUCACCUAAAAUCAAAGAUGGUCAUUCUAUUCAUAGGACUAUUCUAUUCAUCAGAAAAAAAUGAUAAUUCUGUGAAAACUUUGAGUGAUUGGAAUGACGUCUUGCCAGUCAUGCUUAUAGUAUCUAGUUUAAAAUGUUAUAUCUGAUUUUCCUACCAGUCAACUGACACGACAGCUGCUACUUCGAGUUGAAAUUUAUCAAAAUUUGAUAAAUAUUCUUACCAAUAAUACCAGUUUUGGCACACAUUUCCUAUUCUUGAAUCUCAGUUUGAAUGUUUUUAAUUUCCCCUUCAUUAAAAACUAUUUUACUUCACUUAGGUGGUACGUAAAUGUUAAACAUUAGAAAUAAUCUAUUUAGUCAAAUUUUAGAUAAAUUAUGGUCGCCUUCUAGAAAAUAAUUCUCUGAUUGAGUCAAUACUAUGCAUCGUUGUCAGGUGAGUAGUACAAGCUUCUUCGGGCCUCAAAUUUUCUUUUUUUUUGUUUUUGCUACAUAUUUUCAAAUGCAGUAAAACCAGGAAUUUCUUUUUAAUAAUUGCAAUGAACUCUGUUGUAUGUGCAAGUUGUGUCAAAGAACGAUAUUGUUUUCUUAAGCUUUCAUUAUGUUAUAGUAGUAGUUUCUCAGUGUUGGCUAGGUCUUUGAUUGUCAAACCAGUUCUACAUUUGUGUAAAGUUUGUCUUAGGUCAAGGCCACUUCUUCAUGUUAAUGCUAUAUAAACUUGCAUCUAAAAUAUAAGUUUAACUCUUAACAUAAUAUUGAGGAAAUAAAACACAUUUUUACAUGUAAGAAUAUUUAGGUUUAUUUAUUCAAUAUUUGAUUAAAUAUGAUUUACCGGUACUUGUAAAAGUUAUUUUUGGAUCAGAUAGAAAUCAAUCUAUUCCUCAAGUUGAAUUUGAUUGGAUCGGAUAGAAAUCAAUCUAUUCCUCAAGUUUGAUUUGAUGAUCAAAGAUAUUUUAUUUGAAUGAUGAAUAAAAUCAGCAACCUGAAAGCUUAUCUGUGAUUUUAGAGACUAAGAAUUAAAUGGUUCUAUAGACCAUCAAAGCAGUAUUGAAAUAUUUUUGAUGUUGCUUUAUGGGCUCCCUCUACUAUUACUUGGUGUUUCAUAUAUCUUUAAAUCAUAAGCCAAGUAUUAUAUUUUCUUUUGUUAUUUGGAGACAAAUGUAGAAUUGUUUUAACAGUAUGAUAUAUACUCUUUUUCAGGGAUUAUUUCAUCAUUAAGAGUAUAUAAUGUCAUUACCUCAUGUCGUAAUCAUUGUAUAAAUUUCAUUUAAAUCAUUGUGUCAUUGUUUUCUUCAUGUAUCUUUAUAAACAAAAAAGAUUGAAAUGAAAUGUAUAAAAAAAUAUUAAAAAGUACAAGAAUGAUAA